GACAAAUUUGCAUUGAUUGUCAAUAUUGGAGGUUAUUUUGUGAACUGUGGACCUAUUGAGUAUAUAUGUGGUAGUUUAAAGAGUAUUUAUGGGUUAGAUGCUUAUAGAUUUGGCUACUUUGACGUACAAGAAGAAAUUAAGAAGUUGGGAGUUAACAACUAUGAAAAAAUUGUGUAUAGAAUACCUGGUGCUGGUGUUGGAGCUGAUAGUUUGAGAGAUGUAACUGAUGAUAAAGGGGUUAUGGAGAUUAUUAGUUGUGGUAAGAAUAAGAGAACUAUAGUUCAGAUUUAUGUGGUUGGUGGUGACAUUAAUGACGAUAAAGCAGAUGAGAAUACUGAGGCAUCAUUUCACACAAAAUCUUCUAGCCAGCAAGAUACUGAUGAUAUGGAAGAGGCGAAUGGUUUGAGUCAAGCUGAGGCAUCAUUUCACACACAAGCUAGCCAGCAAGAUAUUGAUGAUAGAGAAGAGGUGAAUGGUUUGAGUCAGGCUAAGGCAUCAAUUGAGGAAGAGCCUGUAGACCAGUUGGAAGAUAUUAAUGAUAUUAUUGACAACUUCACUUCUGUUGAACAUGGUGAAGGUGAUGCAGAAACUAAUAGUGCAUGUGCUGGGUUGGGGUCACAAGAGUCAUCUGAUGAUGAAGAUUAUUUUCCAACU